AAAUUAUGUGGUGGGAUACCACUCCUUCUUGUGACCUGUUCUGACUUGAUGAACAAUGGUUUUAGUCGCGAGCUGUUAAUCCAACAGCUCGUGAAUAAUCCCAUACAAUUUUUCAGGAUCGGUGCGAAAGAUGUUUAUAGCACGCUGAAAGUAUUUUUUGACAAUUUUUCGGACGAGGUCAAAGAAAAUCUUGUCCUUUUUUCUGUUUUCCCAUCCGAGUUCACAGCCCAAGACAUUAAGUUUCUUUUUGAAGAUCCUUUACUCUGUGAAACAGUGAAGACCACGAUGGUCAAGUAUGCUCUUCUUCAGAGGGACGCCGAUGGAAAGAUGAGGAUGCAUCCUGUGAUCCAAGACUACUUCCGGACAGAGAAUGAAUCACUAGGUAAGGGUGACCUGUGGCGCACCACUAAGCGUAAAUUUAACCGUCAUUACCUUGGUCAGCUGAGAGUCUUGAGCGAAGAUUUUAUUAGCAAAGAUUUAUCUUCGGUUGCUAUCCGUAAGUUUCGUCAGCAGAAAGCGAACAUCAUGGAGGCGCUGAAGAAUUGUCUAGAAGAUUCUAGCGAUUUAGAUGACAAACAUUUCGUUUUAGACGUCGUUAACGGUACAGAAGUGCUGGAUUUUGUGGCAAAAGUUCUAACACCCCCUAGAGAGUGCACAGUGCUGUACCAGAAAUGCUGUGAUAUUGCUGAAGCGUCCGGCGACAAGAAGAGGCAUGCAGAGAGCUUGAAUUCACUGGGAUUCCGUCGUCUCUGUGACGUGUCUCACAGCAAAGACAGCCCAGAAGAAAACAAAGUCACACUUGCAAAGUUUCAGGAAGCAUAUGACAUGCGCAGGACAUUACCAGAGGAGGAACAAAAGUCCCAAACGCAUGCACACACAGCCAGUAAGCUCGGAGUAUGUUUUGUAUUGCAGGGAAAAGAGAAAAAAGGACGAGAGCUCAUACAGGAAGGAAUUUCAAUAAGAAGUUCUUUAAGUGGUUGUUUGUAUGUUGCUGCAGGAUACUGUGACCUUGGAAUUUCUUAUCGACUGAGUGGUGAUCAUCAAAAAGCAAUCGCUAUAUGGAAAGAGAACACCAUUUCUGUUUACGAAGAGCAACUUGGUGACCACCCCUGGACAGCUUCAAUUUUGUCCUACAUCGCUGACUCGUACAAGUCCCUUGCGGCCAAAGGCUCUGAGCGAAAUGAGCGAGAUUACAUCGACCAGGCAGAGAGGUACCUCAGGAAGGCUCAAGAGCUACGAAAGAGGCUGUUGGGUCAUCAUCAGGACACAGCUCGUUCGGGCGUUCAGCUUAGCGAUGUCUUAUUCCUUCAAGGACGAUUCGAUGAGGCUUUGAAGGAGCUCGACGAGGCCUUAGUAAUUCAAAACGAUAUUCUGGGCCCCGACCACAAGAUCACGAAGGAUACUGUGAGCAAAAGGAGUGAUGUGAUAGACAAACGAGGAUCAAAUCCUCGUUAAUUGCGUAUUCUCAAAACCGAAACUAGAGAUAAACCUCUUGGGUCUUGGUGAACAGACUGAAGUCUGUAUACAAAACUUAGGCCAACCAGUAUCUCAUCAGUGUUGCCAGGAAAUCUUCUUAAUUCUUUGGCAUGUUGUCAAAAUCAAGUUUUUGCCUUCUUCUAUCAUUGUUACGUACGACUUUUACAGUUGGGUUCAUCCCUAUCGUGUGUAUUGUGUUUUGGUAUUGUGUAUUGACAAACCACAAAAUUAAAGCCUAUUGUUACUCUUCAAGAGAAAAUUACUUCAGUUAUUGCUAAAAGGCCUUCCAAUGCUCAUACUUAACUCAUAGGGAUUUAAAAUUAUUGGAUUUUCCUACUAUUCAUUUGUUUCAAAUCGAGAAGUUUAUGGAGCACAAUUCAAGGAGUAAUCGUGCAAAUAAUCAAAUAUAGUUAACCCUGAUUUGUACUUAUUCCUAGACGAGAGAAACUCAGCCAUGAAAUAUUUAAUGUCAGGACAGGCAUCAACCUAAA